CACGUGGGAAUACGAAGAUACAAUAUACUCGUAACCUGUGUUAUUCGCAGGUAAUGUUCUAUUGAUGAAAGAAUUUUUAAAUUGGUCCAGUAGUUUCGGAGCCUAUUCGUCACAAACAAACAAGCGAAAAAUUAAAUCUUACCUUUAUAAUAUUAAUUUAUAUGACAAAGUCAUCUUUAAAAGAAACAUUCAAGUACCAUACCUGCAGAACUCUAAGAAGAAACACAAAACAAAACUUGUCUGUCUCUAUUUCGUAUAUCAUCGACCAGUAUAGUUUAUCUGUGAUGAUGUCUUCAACGUCAUGCGCCAACAACGCCUCCGCGGCUCAUUUCCGUGCCCUGCGGCUCAACUUUCACUGUGAUUUGGCUCCGGACCGAAGAGUUUCUAGACACAUACUUAGAAUUACAAGAUAUUUUGGAAUUUGAAUGCCACGCCUAGGCCUUUAGGCGCAGCAUCCAAAUUCCCACAAUCAAUUUAUCUUUUUUCACUAUUUCCAGGAUACUACAAUCAAUUAGCAGAAGGCUGCAAUUUGAUUUGCGUAAAAUUUACGUGUUUUCUCAGAAACCUCGCGAGUACCACAGAUCACUAAUUGGGUCUUACUUAGGUUCGAAUAGAAGUGCGGGUCAAUUUGGACAUUUAUAAUUUUGGUUUAGUUUGAUCUGUUAGUUGUUGCAUUGUUUAAGAUGAUAAACGCAUGUGGAGGACGUAUUUAAUAAUAAAUAAGUAUUAUAUGACAAUAAAACAAUACAAAAAUAAUGUCAAUGGGCACCAAAAGAAAAGCAUAGAAGAAGACAGAUUUGUCAAUAUAAGACUCAACACUAGCAACAACACUUGCUACGUCUACAUAAUACGUUGCAAUAUGUCUACAUAUAACCAAAGAUACGAGUAGCAACACAAGUUGCGAUACAGACUUCACCGGUGCCUUCUGCUGCGAACAGUAAAUACAUUAGCAAUUAUCCUCGACCGUCCAUGUCUUACAAUUGCGUGCGCGGCUUACGAUCGACAGCUGUAAUUAAACCUCUGUUAAACCCUUGCAAGUCUUUUUAAGCACCUAUACAUAAAUUACAGACCUCCUUACUCAAUACUUUAUGUUGGUUAGCUCUAUUGAAUAUUUUAUUGCUAGUUGCUGGCUAGUAAUUUACUAGCGAAUUUAACUCAUCUCUAUUACAUGUCCGUUUUACAGCGAUCCGGAUCGCGCCGGGCGAAUAAAUAGUGUUGAGAUUUAUCUUUCAUUAUAAAACUGUUCCUGUUCGUUAUAAUACACUGAAUCACAUGGCAAUGAUGUUUUAUGAGACAUUUUACGAAAUCAAAGCUCGUUUCUUACGUGUCGUCCUUCGUGUUUUACCUGGUACAGGACUGGACGUCGUGUUUACGUACAACCACGUCCCGGCGCCGCCCUCUCGACUUCCUAUCCUCGUACCAUAUACGACCUUUUACAAAAUAUUUAUAGGUCGAAAUAUGCAAAAAGAAAAUAUACUUAUGACAGAAUACGACAUUGACAAUGACAUUUUUUAAUUUCGUUUUGAUGAUUUUAACUUUGACAAGUUGUGUUAAUUAAUAAUAUUAUUUUCAUAAAUAUUAUUGUAUUUUUAUAAUUAGUUUUGAAUUUCUUUACAAAAAUGUCUACAGACUCUUCAGAAGAUAAAGUUGAAACCACGGUUGUAUAUGUAGCACCUGUCGAAGAGAGCUCUGAAGAGCCUCCCAUGGAUGAAUGGUCCUCAUUGGAAAUAGAUAUUCCUGAAGAGAAUCCCAAACGAGUUCUGUAUAGUGAGGGUUUAUAUGAUCCAGGCAGUGGAGAAAUAUGUACCAAAUAUGUAUCCAUGUCAGCUAGCUCCGUUUUUAGGCAUCCUUAUUUUAACUAUCCUGCUGUCGUUGAUCCCGGUAUUAACGAUGCUUUACUAAAGCCAGAAGCAAAGAUUACUUACCCAGAUGAUGGUCAGGCGUUAUAUCUAGCUACAUGUAAAGAUAUGAAACAGUACCCCGUAAUGAAAUUUCACAGAGAAUUACUUACAGAUAAAAUCGAUUUGAAGUAUUACUGUGUACAACCUUUUGGUGUUCGAGCCAUGGCCAUGGCGUUAAAUUACAACCGAAACGUAUCGUCCUUUAAUUUAACCGACAACUUUUUAAACGACGAUGCAUGUUUUCAUUUAGGCGAAAUGCUUAUGAGCAAUUUUACAAUGAGUGAAUUAAUUUUAUCAGGUUGCAGAAUUGGUCCAGAAGGAGUGAAAUUAUUGGUUGCUGGACUACCUUACAAUAGAGGCCUACGAAGUUUAAACUUAAACAAAAAUGGAAUUGGAGACCUUGGUGUAGAAUAUAUUGCAUCUAAAGUGGUGCGAGGUAUAGAUGUGCAAAAACUAUAUCUAAGCUACAAUAAUAUUAGUGGUAAAGGGGCUAAUACUUUAGCAGAAGCCUUCGAAACACAUAAUAAAUUUACAGUCUUAGAUCUUUCUUGGAAUAAUCUAUUUGCGCCAUUAGUAGGAACGAAUACUUUAUUAAAUCGAUUAUCAGAAAAUAAAUAUUUACAAGAGUUAUAUUUAUCGUGGAACUCUUUAGCGGGUGCUCGAGUCGGAACAGCAAUUAAAUCGUUAUUGAAAAUUCCUAGUUUGCGUGUAUUAGAUUUGAGUAACAAUAAAUUGUCGGAUGAGGGCAUCCAUAACUUUAUCGGCAAUAUGAUAAAACCUAAAAAGAUGGUGACGCUAAAUUUGUCUUAUAAUCCAUUGACACAUGACGACUCAUUGAAACUUCUUACUAAAAUGAAGCUCCCAGCAGUGAAAAUUCAGAAUCUUUUCAUGGAUGGAGUGUUAGUCGAUACAGAUUUUCUCAAUCUUCUUACGCAACUGAAAAGUAUGAAAUCAAAACAAAAUACUGUUAUUACAUACGGAGGAGUUUCGGGUGGCUUUAAAGCUGAAGAGCCAGAUUUAAGAGAUUUAGUUCUCAAUCGGAUGGAAUUUCUUACAAUGAAAGGUAAAAAGAAAAAAGUCAACAUGGCUCUUGUAAUACUACAAAUGGAAAAAGACAAGAUCGACAUUAUGAAUUCGAAAGCUUUUGAGGAUGCCGUAAUGGCAACUGGAGCUCCUCUAGACAGUGAUCUUGUAAAUGAAAUGAUAAAUGCUUUUGCUGGUCCAAAGAGUGCUAAGUUUAAAACUAUAAGAAUAUCUCUAUUCGCUGAUUACAUUCGAAGGAAAUGGCCAGAUCGCAAGUUGCCGCCAACCCCACCCCCUGAACCGGAGCCAGAGCCGCCGCCACCAACAAAAGUUCAAAAGAAAGGGAAAGGAAAAAAGAAAUAAUUAUAUAUCCUUUAUUUAUAUUUAUUCCCUAAAUAUUAUUAGUACUUCUAAAUUAAUUAAUACUUAUAUACAAAACAAUUUUAUAGUAAUUAAUUUAAUAUAUUAAAAAUAUUUAAAUUAAAACGGGAAUUUUAAUAUAAGAUAAAUACU